AUGGCUCCAGCAGCUCGUGUCUCUGUUGAAGAUGCUGUCGCUGUUAUUGAAGAAUAUAUAGAAAAUUUUAGGGAAGGAAAAUAUCCUAAAUGGUCAUCAGAUGUUUGGGAAAAAAUGAGCAAUGCAUUAAAUAAUAAAUGGUCAGCUACAAAUAUUUAUACUAAUGUCACACAAAACCGAAGGAAUAUUAUGAGCAUCGCAUGUACUAAUGUCGGUAUUAAAUUUAUCCCAUUUAUGUCAAAAAAAAAAAUAGAAAUUUAUGAUACAUCAGAUGAUUCAAUAAAUGAAAAUAAUUCAGAUGACGCAGAUGAAACAUAUGAGCUUGAGCAUGAAGCAAAGAAUUUAGACAAAUUCGAAGUAAAAUUAACGUGUAAUGAAUGGAAAGCAAUACAGUCUUCAGAUGUGAAAUAUAAUGAUGGUCGUAAUUAUUCUAUUUUACGCCGAGGUGUUUGGACUGAUAUACUGGCUUUAGCUAUAUUUCGAGAUACGGAGCUUCCGUGUGCAUUUCAAUUUAAAAAUAUGAAAAUUUAUAAUAAACCUGAGAGCUUACAUUAUUUACGAGUAAAAGGUUACUGUAAAAGUGAAAGUUGUAAAAAUUUAAUAUUUUGUUAUUUACAUGAAAAACCUCUUGAUGAAACUGACGUCAUUCUUACCAUAAGAACACGAGAAACUUUUUAUAAUCAACAUGAAGAAGUAAAGCGUCAGCUCAGGGGUGAGAAACGACAACGAGUUGGGAAAGAAGUUUAUUAUGAAGGUGCUGCAAAUUGGUUGAAACGGGAAGCUCUCGAGAACAUAAAGUCUAGAGGUCGAAUACCACCUCAUGUUCCGAGUAAAGAAGUAAUAACACAAGCUAAAAAGGAGUAUGUUGAUGCUAAACUUGAUAUUAAACCAUUAGAUGGAAAAGAUUUAAUAAAGGCGAUUGAAAAUAUGAAUCAUGUUAUGCCGUAUCAAGGUUCUAUCCAUGAAGUUAAGCGAAAAAAAUUAUUUAUUUCCUUCAGUACCCCAGCACAAAUUCUUGCAUACAAAAAGUAUUGUAAAAUGACAAAAAGUAUUUCAUCCGUCUCUAUUGAUGGUACUGGAAGUAUUGCUAAGCCAUUAGUUCAUGAAGAUGGAAGUUCAUCUGGACAUAUCUUUUUAUACUCAAUGACAAUUAAUUUUAAAAAUGAAACUUUAUCAGUUUAUGACAUGUUCACUGAAAGUCAAGAUACUGAUGUGAUAUGGUGGUGGCUAAAACAAUGGUUAAAGCUUGCACCUAUACCUAAGCAAGCUGUUUGUGAUUGUUCUCGAGCAGUAAUGAAUGGGAUUUCACUAGCAUUUAAUAAUCAAACUGUUAAAACAUAUGUUGAAACUUGCUUCUUGUAUGCCAUCGGUGACGAAGAGUAUAGUCGUCGAGAACCAAUCCACACAUAUCUCAGAUUAGAUGUACCUCAUUUUAUGAAUUCUAUUCGAAUCUGGACGUGUUUUAAAUUCAUGCGCAUGGCAUCUGUGCGACAGUUUUAUAUGUAUUGCAUUGCAUUACUUAUUGAUUGUCAAACAAUUAAUAAAUUUGAGAAAAUUUUCCAGUUGAUGUGUAUCGUUGGACUAAAUGAAUUCCAAGAUUCAGUUAUACAAAAGACAAAUUAUUCUGUUUUGGAGGCUCGAAAAAAUCUUGAGGAAUUAAUUAAAAAUCGCAAUUUGGAUGCUAAUUUAGAAGAUAGUAUUAAUGUAGAAACAAAAAGUGAAGUAGACGUCAAAAAAAUUGAAAAUGAUGAAGAAACUCCUGAUGAUGAAAACAAUUGUAAAAAUGAAAACGAAACUAAAAAAAGUAGCCGAAUCAAAAAUUUUAUUAAUAAUUUACGGGAUGAUGCUUUAUUUGCUAACUUUAUUGGAGUAGAAUUGAAUCCUUUUUAUUUUCCAGAUUUUAUUGAUGAAUUUAUAAAAUUAAAAGCCUACGAAUUCCCGUUAUGGACAGCUGUAGCUAUUCCUUAUAUAGCUGAGCAUGCACUGACAACCUUCGUUGAAGGACAUUUUAAUAUAGUUAAACAUCGUGUCUUGAAAAAUCAUUUAUUGCCAUUAAGAUUAGAUAAGCUUCUCAAACUCAUUCUUAAUUAUUACCUGGGUAAUGCUGCUGUUCUAACGUCAAAUUUGAAAGCUUUUAAUCAAUAUGAUGGUCCAUUUCCGAGUCCUCCGUCUAAAGGAAAUAAAUUUACAGUCAAUCUACCAUCUCAAGAUAUUAAUACAGGACAGUCAAUUAAAAAACAACAAUGCGAUUUUAUUCAAGCUGACUCAAAAAAUACGGAUGACAAUAAGGAAAAUAUUAAUGUUAGGAACUUGGAAGAAAAUAAUAAUAAUAACAAAAUUCCUACUAAAAAAGAUGAGCUAAAAAAUUGCGUAAUUAUAAAUGACGAUUCACGAAAAAAAGCAAAUAAAGCAGGUGAUAAUACGAAAUUUGAAAACUCAACAAUAAUGAAAGUGCAAGAUAAUAAUCUCAGUGAUCAGAAACAAAAACUAGAGUUAAGAAAACCAAAGGGCAAAUAUUUUAAAACAAAUCCUCAAAUCGAACAGCAAAAUAGUGUAACCGGUAAUGUCCAAAACUUAAAAUUACUUUUAAACGGUAGCUCUGUUAAAAUUACUAUUUCUGUAAAGGGUUCACAGUACUUCGCUAUCAAUACUUGUGGUUUUGACUCAAUUAUUCAAAUUUUAUCCUCUAGUGCUAUGGAUGAUCCAUCAGUAAGGUACUGUUUUAACAACAACAGACUCAUUACCAUAAUUAAGUAUUCAGUACUAAGCGACGGCAGCUAA